UACUUCCUCCCCCAGAAAACUUUAAAACCACAAGUUCAUAGUGAAAAUAGAAAUUGCACCGUGAGCUGCAGCCAUGGCAGACGGCAAGACAGGAGGAGCCGGGCAGUUUGCAAAACAGGUCCAAAAGCGAUUUAGCCGAGCCCAAGAGAAGGUGUUGCAGAAACUGGGCAAGACGGUAGAAACCAAAGAUGAGCAAUUCGAGCAAAGCGCUUAUGAUUUCCAGCAGCAACAGAUUGAAGGCCAGAAACUCUACAAGGAUCUUAAGGCUUUCCUCAGUGCUGUGAAAGUGAUGCACGAAAGUUCCAGGAAAGUGUCGGAAACCCUGCAUGAAAUUUACAAUGUGGAAUGGGAUGGACACGGGGACUUGAAAGCCAUUGCAGAGAGCAAUGAUCUCUUGUGGGAAGACUAUGAGGAAAAACUAGCUGACCAGGCGGUGAGAACCAUGGAGAAUUACAUGGCUCAGUUUGGUGAAAUCAAGGAGCGAAUCGCUAAGCGGGGGCGGAAGGUGGUGGAUUACGACAGCGCCAGGCAUCACCUGGAGGCGCUGCAGAAUGCCAAGAAGAAAGAUGAAGCUAAGAUUGCAAAGGCUGAAGAGGAAUUCUACAAAGCGCAGGCUGUGUUUGAGGAUCUUAACAAAGAGCUUCGAGAGGAGCUUCCGGUUCUUUAUAACAGCCGCAUUUCUUGCUACGUGACCAUCUUCCAGAAUAUUUCCAAUUUAAGAGACAUCUUCUACAAGGAGAUGAGUAAGCUGAACCACGACUUGUAUGAGGUGAUGAGCAAACUGGAAAAGCAGCACUCCAGCAAAGUCUUUAUCAUUAAAGGGGUGCCGAGUAACAGGCGCUCGCUGGUCAUCUCCUCCCCGGUGAGUCGUCCUCCUGUCGUUUUCACAUCACUGGCAAAUGCUUCAGAUGGGACCCCUGAGCUUCCUCCAAACAAUUCAACGUGUCACGCGGGAGAAUCUGUUCCUUCAACAGCGGAGGGGGAUGCUGCAUCCUCUGAUGGCAGCGGAAUCCAGGAUGAGCGGCCGGCAUCUCCUGCUGCUGUUUUGACCCCCGACAAGAGAGAGUCCAUGUCAGCAGCAGAGGUGGAGUCCGGGUCCUCUGGUGCCAGUGAAAUCCAGCAUGAGAAUCAAACUGGGACUCUGGAGGAACCCAGCACAGUGACAGAGGGGUCGUACCAGGGAGUUGAAGAUGUUGCAGCAGCUAUGGCUGCAGAGAUUCUAUCUGCCGCUAUCGCUGAGGCUGUGGACAAAGCCAAAACAUCUCUGCCGCCCUCUGAUGGUGCAUCAGCCCAAACCCAGACUCCAGAAAGCCUGGAGGCCGAUGCUAGCAACCUGCAGGGGGGAAAUGAAUGCUCUGUACUCCACGUGAGCAAUGAAAUCCCAUCUCUGCAAGCACCCCCUUCACCUGACUUGAGAGAGGAGACCAACCCAUCAGGAGAUACCCAACCCACAGCUUCCCAGCAAGAAUCAAGUCAGCCAAGAAACAGGAUGCCCCUCGGUGAGGUUUUAGUUUGCCCUGAAAAUGCCACAUACCCUCCUGAUGAAGAUGCUUCCCCUCUCACCCCAGUCCAUGAAGUCCAUCAAGGCCCAGCCAGCACCCAUGGCUCCAGUCCACCCGAAGCAGAGGAAUGGGCCAAUGGCCAGAAGCAGCCACAGCCAGAGACUGAGAGGAUCAUUUGCCAGCCAAGCAGGGAGGCCGAAGAGGACCGGGGCAGCGAGGGGAGCAUGGAAGAACUAAACAUUUACCCAACGGUGACUGAAAUGCAGAUUAUGUUUGGCUUCACUCCAGAUGGUGAAACAGGCAGCAGCAGCCAUGAGCUGCCUGUGGGCUUCCUCUUCAAGGCUCAAGCAAUCCAGACUCACACGUCAGAUGAUGAAAAUCAUCUGCAGUUCAAGGAAGGGGAGAUAAUUCUGGUGGUAUCCAACUCUCAGGCCCAGGAAGAAGGAUUUCUGACCGGCUUCAAAGAGAGUGACUGGAAGGUGAACCGGGAUCUCCUACAGAAGAGAGCUUUCCCCCAAGAUCUCAUCAGACCCAUCUCCUCCAAAUGAGUCUAGCACAUCACGCGGCUGGGGCGGAGUGGGAGGGAAACAGGGAUCUAUUUAUGAAUGGUUUCAGAGUAGCAGCCGUGUUAGUCUGUAUUCGCAAAAAGAA